AUGCGUAUGACGCAGGGAGUGGCCGCCGGCGCGCUCCUCGCGCACGUGGCUACUUCAAUGACGGUGCCUCGACACAACCCCUUCGUUCACAAGAGGCAGUACAGCCAUGAGUUUCAGAGCAACACGACGACCGAGUACGAUUUCGUCUGUAUCGGCUCGGGACCCGGUGGUGGGCACAUGUGCUCGAAUCUCGCCAUCGCCGGCUUCAAGGUGCUCUUAAUCGAGGCAGGUGGUGACAAUGGUGAGGAUCUCAUCCAGUCGGUUCCCGCCAUGAACAUUGCCUCGACCGAGGACUGGAGCAUGGAGUGGGCCUACUACAUCCACAAGUACGACGACAUCGAGGAGGAAAAGCGCGACAGCAAGAUGGUCUACAACACGACCGACGGCAAGAUGUGGUCGUCGUACAACCAGACGGGCAACCUCGGCACACCCGCCACGUCGGCCGAGAUCCCUGAGGGCGCUGAGCCGCUGGGCAUCUAUUAUCCACGCACGGGCGCACUGGGCGGUUGCUCGCGACACAAUGCCCUGUUUAGCAUGCAGCCCUACGACAUGGACUGGGACGACAUGGCGGAGCUGACAGGCGACGACACGUACAAGUCGGACAACAUGCGCCAGUACCUGACACGCAUCACUGAUGUCGCGUACGAGCCGCACUCGGCUGACGCUGGCAAGGGAGGCUGGUACCCGAUGCAGGUGACUUCGCUGCUGACGGCGGCGACGGAUCUCAAGAUUGUGUCUGUUCUUGCCGCCGCGUGUACUGCUUUCGGCAAGUCGCUCAUCAGCGAGGUCCUCGACACGGCCACGUACCUUGCCAGCGUGCUGAUCAGCGACCUCAACGCGCCCGGUCAGACCAUGGUUCCCGAGGUCUACCAGGUACCGCUUGUGAUGCGCGACGACUCGCGCCGGGGUGGCGUGUACGACCUCAUCGUCGACACUGCCAUGGCAACCAACGCCGACGGCAGCCGCAAGUAUCAUUUUGAUAUCAUGCUGGACACGCUCGCCACGAAGGUCACUUUCGACACGGACGGGGACAAGCCCCGCGCCACCGGUGUCGAGUAUAUGACGGGCGCAUCGCUCUACCGCGCUGACCCUCGCAGCGGCUCAGCUCAGCCCCAGGGCACUGGUCACGUCAAGGCGGCCAAGGAAGUCAUUGUUGCCGGCGGUGCCUACAACACGCCUCAGAUCCUCAAGUUGUCGGGUGUUGGUCCCAAGGCCGAGCUGGAGAAGUUUGGCAUUGACGUUGUGCUCGACCUGCCCGGCGUUGGCACCAACCUGCAGGAUCGGUAUGAGCAGACCAUGGUGUCCAAGACGGAGACACCCUUUGCCUUGACUGAAAAGUGCACGUGGCACCCUGAUCCGGAGUUGGACCCCUGCAUGAAGACAUAUGUCGACGGCAACGACCAGACCGCUCGCGGCGCCUACGCCUCCAACGGCAUCGCCAUCUCCGUCAUCCGCAACACAACCACGAGUGCCCGCGGUGAGCCCGACCUGAUGGUCCUCGGUGGCCCCGCCAACUUCACAGGCUACUACUCAGGCUGGUCUCAAGGCUGCACAGCCGACGCGCAGCACUGGGCAUGGAUCAUCCUCAAGGCACACCAGCGCAAUAACUACGGCACCGUCGAGCUGCGGUCGGCCGACCCGCGCGACACCCCCAUCAUCAACUUUCGCAAGUUCCUCAACGAAUCCGAGGCCGCUCUCGACCUGCAGGCCAUCCGCGAAGGGUACGAGUACGCGCGCGCCAUCAUGAAGGACGUGUUGCCUAUCGGCGGCAUCCUGUCUGGCACUAGCGGUUCUCUAGCUAGCGGCGUCGAUGAGAUCUUCCACGGCGCCUUCGACGAGGUAUGGCCGGGCGCCGACGUCACGGACGAGGCCCUCGACCAGUUUGUGAAGGACGAGAGCUGGGGCCACCAUGCGUCGUGCUCGGCCCCCAUUGGGUCGGACGAUGACCCGAUGGCCGUGCUGGAUGGGGACUUGCGUGUGCGUGGUGUCGAUGGUCUGCGUGUGUCUGACUUGAGUGCUUGCAAUAAGCUGCCGGGCUUCUUCCCGAUCCUAUGGAUCCACCAGCUCGUGGAGAAGGUGGCUGACACAAUUAUCGACGAGUACUCGUCGUAA